CGCACGUAUUGGCGCGAUGAGUUUACCCCUCAAUCCCAAACCUUUUCUCAAUGGACUGACAGGAAAGCCAGUGAUGGUGACACUAAAGUGGGGUACGGAGUACAAGGGGUACCUGGUGUCUGUAGAUGGCUACAUGAACACGCAGCUUGCAAAUAUGGAAGAAUACAUAGAUGGGGCAUUGUCUGGACAUCUGGGUGAAGUUUUAAUAAGGUGUAAUAAUGUCCUUUGUAUCAGAGGUGUUGAAGAAGAGGAGGAAGACAGGGAAAUGAGAGAAUAA